GAGAGAUGGCAAGUGUUGUCCAGGGCCAGGAUCUGUUGCUCUCCCAAGCGGCCGUGGAGGUGAAGUCGAUGCCGGAGAGUGUGACGCUGGACGAGGGCGUGAAGGACGAGACGCCGCUGAAGUUCAGCAUCAAGCGCGUGCAGCUGAAGGGCGUGGAGACGCAGAUCUGGGUGUGUGGCGUGUGUGGCAAGGAGUUCGGCUUCCAGUACGCCCUGUUCCGCCACUUUGCCGUGCAUAGGGACGCCAGGGGCUUCCAGUGUGACGUGUGCAGCAAGAUCUUCCGCCAGGCGUCCACACUGCAGCAGCACAAGGCCGUGCACACGCACGACAGGCCGUUCGCGUGCGAGCUGUGCUGCAAGAGCUUCAAUCGCAUGUCCACGCUGAUCAGCCACCGGAAGACGCACUCGGACGACAAGGCGUUCAAGUGUCCGCUCUGCCCGCGCGCCUUCCACCAGAAGGGCAAUCUGCGCAAUCACGUGUACAUGCACACGAACGCGCGCCCCUACAAGUGCGCCUUCUGCGACAAGGGCUUCAACCAGAUGUCCAAUCUGGCGUGCCACCGGACCAAGAUGCACGCCCAGGAGGCCGGCAUCACCUUCCAGUGCAAGAUCUGCGCGCUGCGCUUCGCCAAGAAGAGCCUGCUGAAGGCGCACACGCUGGAGCAGCACAAGGACGACGAGAAGUCCUCGACAGCGAAGAGAUCCUCCAACGCUGCCAAGAUGGAAUCUGCGAAGAUCUCCAAGUUGUUUCCACGCGAGAAGACAACCGUGAUUCCGCUCGUGGACACGCUGGCCAUGAAGACGGCGAAGGCGAAGAAUGAAGUGCCUUUUGGACUGCUGCAGAAGCGUCAAUCUAGCGUCUUGCUUCUCGUGCGCAUCUUCGAUUUCGGCCAGAAGAGCAUCAUUCGCGACGCCACGAAGGAGGAUCUGAAGUCGCUGUGCAACAUUCCGAUUGUGGCGGUGAUUGAGGAGCAGAAGCACGGUGAAUUCCAGGUGAAAAUGCCCACAAAUGCGGCGCAGUACAAGAUGAACAUUGGCGAGGAGAAGAUUGUCUUCAUGAAGCAAGAAAUGCCGCCGGCGGUGAAGGAGUUUGAUUUGUUGGAUGACAUCAUUUCCGAGGAUUCAUUCUCAAAAUCAUUCGACUUCACGAAGAAGAUUUGAAGGAUUCUUUGCAAU